AUGGACUCCAAGAAGAAGGCCCGACGUGGCGGCGAAAAGCGAGAUAUGUCUUCUAACAAGAAGCCUGCCCGUAAUACAAUCCCGCCGUCUCUCCCCCCUCGCCCUCCCACUCCCGGUUCAUCUGCGGAGGCCUCUGGUCCCGCCGCCCAAUUGAACACCACUACCACUACUGAAGGUAGUCCUGGUGUGGACCAGCCUGGUCUACUUUCGAGAUUAGGGCAGUUCUCCCAGUCCGAAGCCGUGUUUCUUGUCCAAGCUCUGAAGGAAUUUAGGGAGAGAAAUACCCGCGAAGACUUCCCAGAGGAGCCCCUGAUUAAGGACGACCCAGACCAGGAGGAAUCAACCUAUGGCUUCUGUGUAGAAUCUGAUGAGGAGGUUAAGGGGGAUGAGUAA